AUGCAAAUGUCGGAUUUGCCGAAUGAGAUUGUGGCAUUAAUAGCUGAAUUCCUUGAUGACGAGUAUUGCAUCAACGCACUUCUCCAGACAUGCAGAAAGUUUUCCCUACUGCUCAAUCCUUCCCUCUACAAAUUCAACGUGCGCUACUCGCACGCCUGUGCUCUCGAAUGGGCCGCGAAAAAUGGCUACGAAGCGACUACGCGGUAUACACUGGAAGCUGGAGCUUCCCCUAAUGCCACUCACUACGAAGAGUGGCUUCCGAUGGCGCUCGCUUGCAUUCAUGGACACGAGGUCGUUGUGCGUUUGUUGCUUGACCACGGAGUUAAUCCAAAUUCAACUGAAAGCUGGCUUCAAGACCCUUCAAUUGAAGCCCAGAGCGAUGAUGAAGGCUGCCCGUUGAUACUAGCGGCUGGUCGUGGCCAUGAAAAUGUUGUUCGGCUCUUGAUUUCUUACGGGGUCUCUCCUGAUAUCCGCUGUAAAGGUACCCACGGGCUUGAUAUUUCACCCCUUUCAAUAGCAGCAAGACAAGGUCAUCUAUCGAUUGUCAAACCCCUCGUCUCCCUCGGCUGCGAUGUUCAUAUCGAGGGCUGGUCGGGGUCAAGUAUUCUCGCUGACGCGGCCUAUGGAGGCCAUUGCGGAGUUGUUCAGUUCUUACUAGAGACGAACCCUGAUCUAGAGUCUCCUCAAACAGCUAGUGAAGCGCUAUUGAGGGCAGCCGAAGGGGGUCACUUGGAGACAGUCGAGUUUCUCCUAGAGCAUGGGGUGACUCCGAUACCAACCAUGGCAGGCUGGCCUCUAGGUCCAUUGAUCAGGGCUGCGCAAGGUGAACACUACGUAGUAGUUGAUCAACUUCAGAGGUCUAUGGAUCUUCGGGCCUUUAUCGCGCACGGUGAGCCUGAUGAUGAUACCCAUAGACAGCUGCUCCUAACUAGCGCUGCAUGCGGCUGGGAUGACCUAAUUGAGGAGUUGCUUGAGCGAGGCUGCUCAUCCGAUUUUCUUCACACGCAGACUAUGCUAUGGAGCAUUAAAGAAAAGCUCUCGGAACCGAUACCUCUUUCUCUCCCAAGACACCCGUCGCCUUUAGCGUUGGCAGCCCAUCGAGGUCGUCACAAGGCUGUCGAGCUGCUGCUCAAUUACGAAUCAUUGCUAAGUGGAAGAGAGCCAACCCCGCUCCUUUUAGCAAUUGACGGCUCCCAUAAGGGGAUUGUCAAUACGAUUUUAAACCGGGGUGCAAAUCCGAAUCAUCAAACCCAAAACCAGGUGCCAGUGCUUUUUAAAGCUGUUCAAACGCCGGAAAUAUUUCAAUUAUUGCUCGAUCGUGGAGCAGACCCUAGAAUAAAUGCAACUUAUGGCGUGGAUGCGGAUCAUCACGAAUCAAUUUUCGCGAGGGCGUUGAGAAGUCGAAGUCUCACCGCGGUGCAUAUUCUACAACGGACGGCUUCAUUCAUACAGCCUCCGUGCGUUGAGGGCUCUCAUCCUAUGUCGUUUCUUGAGGCGGCCGCUGAAGGCGGAGCAUUGGCAAUACAAUAUCUUCUUGAUAGCAACUAUCAAGUCGUACCAGGGAGUCAUGAAGUUGGGAGGGCGCUACAUAUUAUACUAUCUCAGGCAGAUACGGCCUCAUUGACUCUUCUGUUCGAGAGAGGACUAGUCGGCAACUUGAUGACAAUCGACCGUGCAAGCCUGAUGGGGUUGGUAGAUUCACCAAGCGGAGACUUGGGUGCUAUGGCUUCUACUCUGGACAUACUCAUGGCACAUGGAAUUAACGUCGAAGGAGAGUCCAAGUCCCCUCUCCAUGAUAUUGUUUCUAGGAAGGCGACAAAUUUAUCGCAACUAUUAUUGGAUCGAGGGGCCGACCCUCUCCGAAGUCAUGGAAAAUUUGGCACCGCCCCUUUGGGAGAGGCAGCGAGGCAUGGGAACAGGAAUUUAGUGCGAAUUAUGCUGAAAAGUCUGGAUCAGCGGAGCAUUUCACUUGAGGAAUUGCAACCGAAGUUGGCUGAGGCAGAGUUGUGGGCAGAGAUAGGCCAAGAAGAAUGUUCGGCAGAAGACGAUGUGCGACCACUUUUACGCCGUUUCUACUGGCGAAAGAAGUAUCAAGACAUGCCAACAUCCUAG